GUAAUAUGAAUAGGAGCUUUUUAUUAAAACUUAUUGGUUUUACUGAACUAUGCAGAGUUUCUGUCACGUGUGUCACUACAUUUAUUUGAAAACAUCUUGCAUAUAGGAAUGUUGUGAUAAUGAAUUCAAAGUUGACUUAAGUAAAUAUAAUCUUGAUUUUUUUUUAACUUUCUAAAUUGUGAUAUAAGUAUUGUCGACUGUCUGUUGGUACACAUUAGAUGCGAUUAGAAAGACUAUCAUGUGAGAAAGGCGUUGCAGUGUUUACCAGAAUCAGUAUUGGAGCCAGAUGACUAAAUGCACCUUCUGAGGAGAACGCGGUGCUCUGAUGCCGCAGGAAGCCCUGCCUACAUGUUGAUAAGUGUCUAACUCAGGGCCAAUGAUCUCUAAGAAUUCCUCCCUCAAGAGUGAACUUUAACCGUUCAUCAACAUCCAACUCAUGUGAACUUUGACUCUCCGGAUCCAACGCGUCACCCUGUGGUGCAACAGCAGCAAUGAGAAAAAACAGCCUAUUUUUUUCAUCUGUAUGAUAUUUCCUCCUGCUUUGGAUUUAUAAUGUAAAUCUUUACAACAUCUGCUGAAGAUGACACAGAAUAUGUUCAUGGAGGGGCUGUACCAAGUGUUUUUUCGGGAGACACCCCCAGCCCGCCCACUCCCCCCAGCCGCCAAUAACGAGGAGCUGAACGACGUCAGGAUCCACCGCUGGUUCGGGUCUGUGGUGAACAGCAGGCUCUUGGUCACCGGGGUGGUUGAAGUGCUCAGUGGCCUCUCAUGCAUUCUGACCACUGUCAUUCAUGCAUGUGUCAACUACAACUGCUCCGUCUCCAUGGUAACGCCGGUCUGGCCGAGCAUACUGUACGUGGCAGCUGGCUGUCUGGCAGUGGAGGUUCAGAGGAAAGCAAGCAGACUAAAGAUCCUCUUGCUCAUGGGUCUGAACCUCUUCUGUCUACUGUUUGGAUUUUCGGCUCUGCUGACCAACAAUCUUCAUUUUGCACAGUCUGCUGGUUUCACCACCGCUCAACAGAAAGCUGGUUCGUACGUUGCGAAGGCCAGCUCCAUCACGUUUGCUGUCCUCUGCUGCCUGGCGUCAAUCUACAUACUGUUCCUGUCCUGGAGAGGCCUCCGGCGCUACAGCUCGCCCAACAUUCAAGUCUACAGCCGCGUCUCGGAGGAUGAUGAGACCACUGGGCCUUUAUUGGAUCAAAUGGAACUGAAUCUGUGAAACACAAGAGACCAGAAAACUCAUAAUAUAAUAUAUAUAUGGUAUUAUGUUGUAAAAUAUUGUGGAGAACUCAUCAACGAGAAAAGACUCCUCAUAACGCUGUAAACUCAGCCACUGUCUUGGAUGAGGCACCGCUUGAUCAUUUUCUGAAAUUCUGAUUUCCCACCUUUGUGUAAGUACUGCCAUCUGACUGACUGCCCUCGAUCACCUCUCCUCUAGAAUUUAAAAAAUCAAUCAGUGCUUCCAUGAACUUCAAAUUUUCAAGACAGACUGACAGGAAAUGAACAGCGGCGUGAAAAGGAGACCUCAAGGCCUUUUGAAGCUUUACAUUUCUAAUUAAGUUCAUAUCAUUGUUUCAGUUGUGAAUAUAUGAAAACUGUAAUGCCAUUAGUUAAACAAUAAAGAUUUGUUAUUUAAAUCAAAGCUCAAAGACAGCUGAUCAGGUAUUGAUUAUUAGAACAAAUCACAUUCAUUGUUUUUCUGUUGUUUUAUGAAAAUCCACUAGAGGGCAGCAUUGCAAGGCUUUUUAUUUGAUUGUGAUACUGUGAGCUACAACCGUUCCAUUGAUUUGCCAGGACUGUGGAAACCAGCUUCAGGAAGAUACUCUGAUAAAAUAACUAGAUUGGAAUUGAUGUAUUAAGUCACAGUUGUACUGUACUGGUUAUACAGAGAACUAAGAUUAUUAUUACUUUUGGAAAGGCUUGUUCAGCUUUGCACACAUUCUUUCAGCAUUUAAUUGUACUGUGAAUAUUUUAAGUGAUCUCAUCAUCAUUAACAUAGUCUCAAAGAACUUGUGCGCACACAGUCCAGAUGUUGUGAAGGGUGUGGUGUGCUCCAGCGUUUCAGUGAUGGAAGAUUUCAUUAAGAAUAAUGCAAGCUCCCUCUCCCUCAACCUC